AUGUUUGCUAUCAUCGUUUAUCUUUUUAUUAUUUCUAACUUAUCUUUAAUUCAAUCAAAACAUUUUCUUGGAGGAACAAUUUCAUGGAAAGUUAUAAAUAAUAAUAUUACAAAUUCUAGUAUACCUGUAAUAUUUACACAAUCUUAUCAAUGGACAGAAACAAAUACUUAUUGCAAUCAAUCAUAUAUUUUUCCUUCUUCAUCUGUAUCAUCCAACCCUUCAAUACUUCAAUGCGUUACAACAAAUAGUACUUGUGGUGGAUAUACAACAUUAAAUGCUCUAGGAUAUUGUGUUGAUUCUAGUAAUGUUUUUAAUUCACGAACAAGUCAAAUUUCAAAUACUGAAAAUAUUGCAAUUAGAUCAAAAUUUUGUGUUGCAUUUCAAAAUAUAUACUGGAUGGUACUUCAAUCACCAUUCUGUGAUAAUAAUUGUUCUUUAACUAGUGCUAAAUGGUCUAUUGGUUCUUGUAUUGAUUUGACUCCGAGAUCUGAUGGAUCUAUUAAUACAUCACCAGUUGCAACUGUUGUUUCACCUGUCCUAGUACCGAUCAAUAGUCUAAUCAAUAUAAAAAUUCCUGUCAUUGAUGCUGACAAUGAUAUUACACGUUGUCGUUGGGCCAAGAAAACAUCGAAAUUAGAUGAAUGUGGUGAUGUUUGUGGAACAAUACUAGGUAGUACACUUUCCAGCAGUACUUGUACGCUGACCUUUAAUAGCACAGGAAAAACAGUCGGAAUUGUUUAUGCUGCUGCUUUGAUGGUAGAAGAUUUUGCUAAUGCAUCAACUAAUACAUCACUUAGUAGUGUUCCUAUACAAUUUCUAAUUCAAAUUGUUGGCGAAUCUCUUUGUUCUUUGAAACCAAUUAUUAGUUUAAAUUUAUCUGGUUGUAUGGCUAUUCAAGUUGGAAUUCAAUUUAAUUUUACUGUAACAAUUUUACAAGGAUGUCCAAAUACAUCGAUAUCUGAAUUAGUUACAGUAUCUCCAUUAUAUAUGUAUAAAAGUAAUAUGACAAGAGUUGGAUCAUCAAAUAUGUGGACAGUAACACAAACAUGGAUACCAACUAAUCAACAAAUUGGAUCUCAAAUUUAUUGUGCUGUAGCAAUUGACAGUGCUAAUAUAACAUCAGAUCAAUAUUGUACAACUUUCACAGUUGUUGCAACCAAUCAAUCUCUUUUGUGUCCAGGUGAGACAACUACAAGUACUAUCUCAACAACAUCAUCAGUAAAUCACUCGAAUGAUGAUUAUCGACUACUUGCAUUAGGUCUUGGACUUGGUUUACCUUUAUUACUGUUACUUGCUGGAUUGAUUUUAUACUAUUGCUGUUGUUGUAAACCAUAUAAUCUUUACAGCGCACGAAUUCGUCGUCGCAUUCUUAAUCGCAAUCAAAGUGCGGAUAACUAUCGUUGGAAUGAAAGAUUCAUUGAUCAUACAAAGGAGAAUAAAGAUUUUCGAAAUCAAUUACCUGAUUAUCGUGAACAAUACAUUAAUGAUGGUUCUAGUUCUCGAAACAGUAAUCCAUUCAAGUUUCAGAAUGAAUAUCAUCGUUUAGCAAAUGAAAAUUCAUUCCAAUCAACUCCAUCUGGUGGUUUUGAAUUGAAUUCUAUGAAUAUUUUGAAAACAUCAUAUUUUACACCUUCUAUCUCCAGUCUACCAACUGAUGAAGUUCAACGUUCAAGAAAUAAUACAGUUGAAAGUACAGAUUCAGCAAAUCAAAGUUCUAUAUUGGUACAUGCAUAUGCAGUUCAAACGAAACAAAAAUCAAUAUAUUCAUCCUAA